AUUCACACACACGCAGACUCGCUUGACACAUGGUGGAUUUAUUUGUACUUUCAUAUUUGAUAUAUAUAAACAGCCAAGAUGUAUAAUGAGAGAUUCAUUCGUAGUGAUAUAUUAGAUAUUAAAAGAAAAAAGUAGAAAGAAAUAGAGAGAGAGAGAGAGGUGCAAGAGAGAUAUGGAGAUGGAGAAGUACAAGCCGGUCAUGGCGUUAGUGCUGCUGCAGUUUACAUCAGCAGGAGUUGCACUCUUCACGAAAGCUGCUUUCAUGGAAGGACUCAAUCCCACCGUCUUCGUCGUUUACCGUCAAGCCAUCGCUACUCUCUUCAUCUGUCCCAUCUCUUUCUUCUCCGCUUGGAGCAAAGCAAACAAACCUUCUCUUGGAAUCAGAGGCUUUUGGUGGGUGGCUCUCACAGCUUUUUUUGGUGUUACUGUGAAUCAGAACGCUUAUUUUAAAGGCAUUGACUUAUCUUCUUCAUCCAUGGCUUGUGCCAUGACCAAUCUUAUUCCUGCUGUCACCUUCAUCAUCUCCAUCAUUGUUGGAUUCGAGAGGAUAAAGAGGAGAAGUUUGAAAAGUGUAGCAAAGGUAAUAGGAACAGGUGUCUGUGUAGGAGGAGCCAUGGCAAUGACUUUUCUAAGAGGACCUAAGCUGCUCAACGCCAUGUUGAACCAAGACAACAACAACACUUGGUUACUGGGUUGCUUAUGUCUUCUCGUUAGCACAUUUGCUUGGUCUUCCUGGUUGAUCCUUCAAAUUCCAAUUGCUAAUCAUUGUCAUGAUCAUUUGUACACGUCCUCCUGGACUUGUUUCAUGGCUACCAUAGCCUCUUUCUUCAUGGCUCUCGCCUUAGGAAACACUGACUUAACGUCCUGGAAGCUUGAUUCCUCGUUGAAGCUCUCUUGCUGCGUAUACUCUGGACUCCAAUUGGCGGUGUCUUUCUUUCUACAAGCUUGGUGCGUGUCGCGGAAAGGACCUCUCUUCUCUGCACUCUUCAACCCUCUUUCUACUGUCAUUGUCACUUUCUUCGGCGCCCUGUAUCUAAAAGAGCAGACUUACCUUGGCAGCUUGCUGGGGGCUUUGGCUAUCAUCCUGGGUCUCUACAUUGUUCUAUGGGGCAAAACCGAAGACUAUCUACAAGAAGAAGCAACUGACCUGAAACUGCAAAAUGAGCACACCACUACCUCCCAAUCUGACUUUGUUCCCAUUAUGAUUGGCGAUAGGGCUUUUAGUAGUUCAGAGCUCCUAGAACCUCUUCUCAUGUAAAUUCUAUUUAAAGUCGGUUCUAGAUGGUGUAAUGAUAAGUUUUUUGGACAAAGUAAAGUAAAAUGAAAUGGAACUUGUUUCACAAAUC